AUGCGGUUCACUCUUUUCGCUCAGGUUGCCUUGUUCACACUUGGCUCUUUGCCCUCGCUAGGUCUCGCUGGCGGUACUCUUAGUACCAAGGGCCUGUCUUCGUGCAAGACUGACUCUGAAAUCGAGAUCCAGGACCUCCAGUUUACAUACACUCGUUCUACCAAGGAAGUCGUCUUCGAUGUGGCCGGAACCAGCUCUGAGGAGCAAAAUGUCACUGCCUCCAUUACCAUCUACGCCUACGGCAAUAACAUCUAUUCGAAAGAAUUCGACCCUUGUAGCUCCGAAUAUCGCAUGGACCAGCUGUGCCCAGUCCCCAAGGGCCCUUUCUCCGCUGGUGGAUCACAGCAAAUCCCUGCAUCUUUCGCCAGUCAGAUCCCGUCCCUCGCCUUUGCUGUCCCCGACUUGGAUGGACAAGCGAAAUUGGAACUGACUUCCAAGAAGAGCGGAGAUGAGGUCUCUUGCGUGCAAUCGGAAUUGUCCAAUGGCCGGUCCAUGCAAACCAAGGGCGUGUCUUAUGCUGCUGCCGGUGUGGCAGGGGCCGCUUUCGCAAUGAGCGGAGCCUCUGCCGCUGGUUUUGUCGGCCACGGCGCGGGGGCAGCCACCGGGAUGGGCCAUGGGCCGGGCUUUGCCCAAACCAUGGGGUGGUUUCAUACUUUGGCCACCAGCGGCAUGCUCAGCGUCAACUAUCCCACCAUAUACCGCAGUUUCUCCAAGAACUUUGCCUUCAGUACCGGUCUCAUCCCUUGGGGCUCAAUGCAGCAAUCAAUCGACUCCUUCAGACGAACCACCGGCGGCAAUCUCACAGAUAACAGCUACGAUUUCCUCCGAAACGCGACUAUCGAGUUCUCUAAUGGAUCGUCAAGCUCGUCCAAGGCCAAGCGCGGUGUUGACAUGGCAGUUGGCGUUGCCGAUUUGGUAAAGCGUGACGGCGACAGCGGUGAUGGCGGCGGAUUUCAUCACUUUGUCUCUGGCAUUGAGGCCUAUGCCGAACAGCUCACUAUUCCCCAAGCCAAUACCUUCAUGACGGUGCUGCUGAUCUUCGCCAUUGUUGUGGCCUCCAUCACUGUUGGCAUUCUGCUCCUCAAAAUUAUCCUCGAAGUAUGGGCCAUGUACGGAAAAUUCCCAGAGAAACUUUCGAACUUCCGCAAAGACUACUGGGGUCUCUUAGGGCGUACCCUGACCAACUUGAUUCUCGUCCUUUACGGGACAUGGGUAUUGUACUGCGUCUAUCAACUUAGCAGUGGAGAUUCAUGGGCUGCCAAGCUCCUUGCCUGCGUUACGCUUCUCAUCUUUACCGCAGUCUUGCUGUUUUUUGCCUUCCGGAUCUUUUUGUUGGCUCGCAAAUAUCAACAAACGGAAGGAGACGUUUCCAGUCUGUACGAUGACAAGGACAACUGGCGCAAAUACAGUCUCUUUUACGACAACUACAAGAAGGAUUGCUGGUGGCUGUUUGUCCCAGUCAUCUUGUACAUGUUCAUCAAGGGCUGCAUCAUCGCUGGCGGAAAUGGCCACGGGCUGGUCCAGACGGCCGGCCAGCUGAUUGUGGAAGCUCUGAUGUUGGCUCUCUUGCUGUGGUACCGUCCCUAUGUCGCCAAGUCUCACCAGUGGCUUAGCAUCACCAUUCAGGUGGUCCGCGUUUUAUCGGUGAUCUGUGUCUUGAUCUUUGUCGAAGAGUUGGGCCUUUCUCAGACCACCAAAACUGCCACUGGCAUCGUCCUUAUUGUCAUUCAAUCCACUCUCACCGGAGUUCUGGCCAUAUUGAUUGCUACAAACGCAAUCAUGGCGUGCAUCCGCGAGAACCCUCAUGCCAGGCGGAGGAGAGAAGCCGAAAAAAUGGACCGUGACAUCGAUGAUCUCACACCACUUGAUGCACGGCAGUCCUUGCUCAUGGAGAACCCUCCGCGCAAAGAGUAUGCUGAAAUGGCCAAGUUCAACUACACCGGCCCUUACGAACCCUACAGGGAUCAGGUGCAAAUCCGUUCCAGUCCUAGAGGAAGUACUGAUAAAUUGGUUGACGCUGGUGACCUCGAGAGUGGCCACAUCGGCCGAAGUGAGAGCCGACAGAGUCGUGACAGCCAAAGUUCAGUGGAAGGGCACGAGCCUACCAAGCCUGCAUCUGGUCUGGCUAAAUGA